AUGGUAGGUAAAAAACUAAAAAAUAGGCAGCAAAAGCAAUCUGCUGAACGAGAAGGACUUGGUGCUGGUAAGGAAAAUGAAGAAGAUGAAGAAAGUCUAUACGGCAAUAUCAACGAUUACAAGCAUUUGAUUCAGGAUGAAGAAUACGAUGACGAGAAUGGAUCUCACGAUCCGCGAUUUAGUGAAGAUGAAUACAAUUCUGAGCGGGAUAGUUCUUUGUUGGCAGAGUUUUCAGAUUAUGGGGAGAUAUCUGAAGAUGAUGAGGAAGAUUUCAUGAAUGCGAUUAGGGAAGCAAGUAACUUCAAAGUGAAAAAGAAGAAGAAAAACGAUAAAGGUAAAUCUUAUGGCCGCCAAAGGAAGGAAAGAGUACUUGAUCCAGAAGUAGCACAAUUGCUCUCCGAGGCUAAUGAAGCCUUUGUCAGGAAUGAUCUACAAGUGGCAGAGAGAUUAUUUAAUGAGGUCAUCAAAAAAGAUGCACGUAAUUUUGCUGCUUAUGAGACUCUAGGUGAUAUUUAUCAACUGCAAGGAAGACUUAAUGACUGUUGCAACUCCUGGUUUUUAGCUGCUCAUCUAAAUGCGUCGGAUUGGGAAUUUUGGAAAAUAGUCGCCAUACUGUCGGCUGACUUGGAUCACGUUAGGCAAGCAAUCUACUGCUUUUCCAGAGUUAUAAGCUUAAAUCCUAUGGAAUGGGAAUCGAUAUAUCGUCGAGCAAUAUUGUACAAGAAAACAGGCCAAUUGGCAAGAGCUCUAGAUGGAUUUCAAAAAUUGUAUAUAUACAGCCCUUAUGAUGCGAACAUACUGAGAGAGUUGGCCAUUCUUUACGUCGACUAUGAUAGAAUUGACGACUCCAUUGAGCUUUACAUGAAAGUAUUUAAUGCGAACGUUGAAAGAAGAGAAGCCAUUAUGGCUGCUGUAGAAAAUGCUUUAGAUUCUUCGGAAGAAGAGAGUGCGGCAGAAGAAGAAGUAGAAGAAAAGGAACCCCUUGAACAAGAUGAAGAUAUGCAAAUGUUCCCUGAGAUUAACUGGAAAAAAAUUAAUGCAAAAUAUAAAUGUAUACCAUUCGAUUGGUCUUUUUUGAAUAUCCUCGCGGAACUAUUCUUGAAACACGCCGUAGGUGAGGUUGAUGGUAUAAAGGCAAUUAAAAAGUGCGCACGCUGGGUUCAACGUCGUGAAUUGCAGAGAUUUUGGGACGAUGUUCCGGAUGAUUCGGAAUUUGACAAUAGAAGAUUUAAAAACAGUACUUUCGAUUCUUUACCUGCCAUAGAAAAAGAGAAAUCAUAUACUAUACCUAUUGACAUCAGAGUUAGAUUAGGCCUGUUAAGAUUGGACACAGAUAACCUUGUUGAAGCCCUUAAUCACUUUCAAUGUCUCUACGACGAAACUUUCACCGAUGUCGCAGAUUUGUACUUUGAAGCCGCGACUGCUUUAACAAGGGCUGAAAAGUAUAAAGAGGCCAUUGAUUUCUUCACACCAUUGUUGUCUCUUGAUGAAUGGCGUACUACUGAUGUUUUCAAACCCCUGGCGAGGUGCUAUAAAGAAACCGAAAAUUAUGAAACAGCGAAAGAGUUUUAUGAAUUGGCCAUUAAAUCUGAGCCAGGUGAUUUGGAUAUCCGUGUAUCUCUCGCGGAAGUACACUAUCACUUAAACGAUCCAGAAACUUUUAAGAAUAUGUUAGUUGACGUGGUGGAAAUGAGAAAGCAUCAAGUCGAGGAAACCCUCCAUAGUUUAUCUGCGGAAAAAGGUUCGAACGAUAUUUCGAAUAACAUUUCCAGUAAACCAUUAUUGGAAGAUAGCAAAUUUAGAACAUUUAGGAAAAAAAAGCGCACGCCCUAUGAUGCAGAAAGAGAGAGAAUAGAAAGGGAAAGAAGAAUAACGGCAAAAGUCGUGGAUAAAUACCAAAAGAUCAAAAAAUUCAAAUUUGAUCAAGCGCUUGGCGAAGUCAAACAAGCCAGCGUAUGGAUCAAUACAGUUUCCGAAUUGGUGGAUAUUUUUUCGAGUGUCAAGAACUUCUUUAUGAAAAGUAGGUCUAGGAAAUUCGUCGGUAUUUUAAGGAGGACUAAAAAAUUCAAUACCGAGCUUGAUUUCCAAAUUGAAAGACUGUCCAAAUUAGCUGAAGGGGACAGCGUGUUUGAAGGGCCACUAAUGGAAGAAAGAGUCACCCUAACAUCUGCAACAGAAUUGAGAGGACUAUCGUAUGAGCAAUGGUUUGAACUAUUCAUGGAACUUUCUUUGGUAAUAACAAAGUAUCAAAGCGUCGAAGACGGCUUAAGCGUAGUAGAAACUGCUCAGGAAGUAAACGUUUUUUUCCAGGAUCCAGAAAGGGUUAAAAUGAUGAAAUUUGUGAAAUUAGCCAUUGUUCUACAUAUGGACGAUGAAGAGGAAUUGGCAGAAAAUUUAAGAGGCUUACUAAAUCAGUUUCAAUUUAAUAGGAAAGUUUUGCAGGUAUUUAUGUAUUCCUUAUGUCGUGGACCAUCUUCUCUGAAUAUUUUGAGUUCCACUAUUCAACAGAAGUUUUUCUUAAGGCAGUUGAAAGCUUUUGAUAGUUGCAGAUAUAACACUGAGGUUAAUGGGCAAGCUUCAAUAACGAACAAAGAGGUGGACAACCCCGAUAAAAAGUCAUCGCCAUAUCUGUAUUAUAUCUACGCUGUCUUACUCUACUCUAGCAGAGGUUUUCUUUCAGCAUUGCAAUAUUUGACAAGGCUAGAAAACGAUAUCCCAGAUGACCCUAUGGUUAACCUUUUAAUGGGGCUCUCGCAUAUUCAUCGUGCUAUGCAAAGACUAACUGCUCAAAGACAUUUUCAGAUACUCCAUGGAUUACGGUAUCUAUAUCGUUAUUACACAAUAAGGAAGGACCAAUACACGGAUCUGGAAAAGCAAGAGGCAGAUUACAACUUAGGACGUGCUUUUCAUCUAAUCGGUCUGGUAUCGAUUGCAGUUGAGUAUUAUAAUAGAGUUUUAGAAAACUAUCAUGAUGAGAAGCUGAAAAAACAUGCUGCCUAUAACAGUAUUAUAAUUUACCAACAGAGUGGGAAUGCAGAGUUAGCCGAUAAUCUUAUGGAGAAAUAUUUAAGUAUUUGA